GGGACGCACGCUCGGUCCAGCCGUAUGUUACCAGCAGUUGCCGGGGGAAACGACAGUUAGACGGAGAAACACUUUUUCAGAAAAGGAAAAAAAGUGCUGAUAACGAUUUGUCUCGUCGCAGAGGAAUACUUCUCAAUAGGAAGGUUACAUCCCUCGGAGGACACAGUGAGAAGACGGCGAGCAUUGCAGCAGCAUGGUUACCACAAAGGGAACUGGUCUGAAUCCCAAUGCUAAAGUGUGGCAGGAAGUCCCUGCCCACCAGGAUGACCUCCCAGAGGGGACAGAUGAUUCUUCUUGGCUGCCCAGCUGCCCUCCUGCUGAGAUGACGAACGGUUACUCAAACGUUCUUUCUGCAGGGAGUAAAGGAUGCGACAUUGAAUGCCCCGACAGUCCUCCUGAUGAUGCCCCUGUACCCACUGAGGAUAUGAACAUGAAUGACGUCCACCACCCUGACUUGGAGUAUUUAGUCUGUGACCCACAAAGUGAAGUGGCUAUAGAUGAUGUUUCUAAGGAACAACCAAUGUCUGAAGAGAGCCUUAGAGAGUCUUUGAAGAAACAGCUUGAGUUCUGCUUUUCUAGAGAGAACCUUUCCAAGGACCUGUACCUGAUCUCCCAGAUGGACAGUGAUCAUUUUGUUCCGAUCUGGACCGUUGCUUCUAUGGAGGAUAUUAAAGCCCUCACCACUGAUAGGGACCUUAUUGUGAAUGUACUACGAGCCUCUCCCAUGGUACAAGUUGAUGAAAGUGGAGAGAAGGUUCGGCCAAAUCACAGUCGCUGCAUCAUUAUUCUGAGAGAGGUGCCAGAAACGACACCUGUUGAGGAGGUGGAGGAUCUAUUUAAGAGCGAAAACUGUCCAAAAGUAUUAUGUGCCGAGUUUGCACAUAACAGCAAUUGGUACAUAACGUUUCAAUCGGAUAUGGAUGCACUACAGGCUCUCAGAUACUUAAGAGAGGAAGUGAAAACCUUCCAGGGAAAACCAAUCAUGGCCCGCAUUAAAGCCAUUAACGCAUUCUUUGGUAAGAAUGGCUUCCGCAGUGUGGAUUCAAGUGUGUACAGUCAGCCUGCCCAACCACAGGCCCAGUAUGGUUCCCCUGUCUAUGUGCAGCAGAUGUACAGCCCUCAGCAGCAGUACCCUGUUUAUCCUGUGGUGUCUCCCUCCUGGAACCCUUCAGUCGUGCCUUACUUUGAAACACCACUGGCACCUUUCCCUAAUGGAGCAUUCAUGAAUAGCUACACUGGUGCUGGUAACUACAAAGCAAACUCAAGCUCCACCAACACCCAUCGACCCAUGAACAGGAACCGAAACCACAUGAAGGGUCACCACAGGCCUGCUGACUGUCCCCCUUCUUCUCCUUCUUCUUUGGCUCUUGGGUCUCUGAUGGACAGCCUGCCUGCUCCCCUGAGUCCACAGUCUCUUCAAACUUCAGAACCAGGGUCUCUGCACUCCUUCAGUCUUAAAGAAACUUCCUUACAGGCCAACUUUUCCUUUGGAGAUCCGAGUGGGGGUGGACGAGGCAGGAGAGGAGGCCACCGAGGCAUGAGGAGGAAAAGGGAAGAUGAACAGAAUGUGCGUCCUGUCCCUUUGAUGGAGGCCAGGGUACCGCCACCAAAUUUUGAACUGGAAGCUUCCAGUUUUCCUCCUUUACCGGGAUCUGUGGUCAGCACACGGGAAGAAACCACACCCGAAAUGCGCCUCUCUGAUGUUGUGCGUGGCCUAAAAGGCACUAACAAGUUUAUAAGCCAAGAAGCUACGGAGGCUGCUAAACCUGCUCCUGUGACACUGCAUACAGUGGCACCACCCACCUCAUGUAUUUCUCCAGUGAAGGAAGAGGAUCAAGUUGAACAUCCCGUCCCAGAAAACCAUCCAACCAUCUCUCCACCCCCACAGGCAGUUUCUCCAGUAGCCUCAGAACAUGGCUCCUCCACCUGUGGCCAGUCUGAUCCAACAGAAGUACCUUCUCCAGCUCCCUCAACUCCAACAUCAGAGCUUGGCCUCAAAAAGCUCAGCUACGCAGAAGUGUGCCAGCGGAUGGCCAAGGACAAGCCACCAGCACCGACACCCUCUCCUUCACUCCCUGCCUCUUCAGCUAGCCAACCGCUGCAAGAGCUCAAAGUCAACAGGGGGGAAGAGGCUUGCCCCAACGUUAGAAGCAGGACAGGGAAACCAGAGAAAAGUGAAGGCAGCCGUCCACCUCGUCAACCAUUACGCUCUUUCAGAGGGGGGAAUAACCAAGCCAGAGCUGGAGGUGCAGGCCGGAAAAUUGGGGAGUAUCAGAGAGGCAUGAACAGUGGCAAACCGUUUACUCAACAGCGCGGCACCAGACGCAGUGGCAAGGAACAGAACAUUCCCCCAAGUUCACCAAAAUGACUUAAGAAAGGGGAGCCUUUUAAACAUGAACUGCAACAGUAAACGUAUAUGUAAAUAUAUAGUAUAUGUAAAUAUAUAGUAUAUGUAAAUAGACAGAUGAACAUAUAUAAAAAUUGACAGCUGAUGUCAAAAGAUUCUCUUAACAUUAUUGCAGACCAGAAAUGAUUUGAAUAGGUUAAGUAAGUAGUUGUUCCUUUUUUAGGGAAACUGAAAUGGUCUGCUGAAAGAAUCACAGACGGGGUGAUGGAACAUACUGUACUUGGUAGUGAAGUAAUGUCACCAUAUAUGGGACAAGAGUGUGUGUGUGUGCACACGUGUGCGCAUGUUGAAGAAAAUGAAAACUAGAAAUGGGGAUCUUGUAUCUUCAAAUGUUGGUGGAGCUUGUUAACAUUCAAAAUGACCAUAUGGCACAACUGGAUGGAUUUGGUUGUUUGCAUGUGGUUCAUCUUCAGCUUUUUGUCAGACUUGUUUCCUGAAUGCUGACAAGGAUGUACGAUUAUUUAUGAAAUGGAACAUGAAUCCACUGCAUGAUAAUAGAAACGGGUUAUGUGAUUAACCACAGAAAGUUUGAGUUUUGACGAGUGAUUAUGAAAUCAUGCACAAGACGAUGAUGAAACAUGGAUUCAAAUGGUCUAAUUAUCAUCAAAUGUUUUGGCAGUGUUUGUCUUUGCAGUCUUUGUGGUGCUGAUGUGCUACUGCUGGCAUUUGAAAUAAGAGAUGUAGUAUAACGAAUAGUUCAGCUUUAGUUUUGCAUGAUUUUUUUUUUUUUUUUUUUUUUUUUUUACUCUUGUACUAAUCAGUAACUUGUUUCUAAAUUGUUUAGCUUCAUUAAACAUUAGCAGAAGCAGAAAAUACUGUUCCUCUAUUUCACCAGAUACUGGUGUCUAUCAGAAUCAAGACCUUUGUUUCAGGUCUAAUCUUUUCCUAGAUCUGUUUAACUGUGAGUAGUUUAAAGUCAUCCAGUAAACUACAGUUGUUCACCAUGAUAACUCGCUGUAUAGUCUUGACUAGGUAAGAAACGCAUGCAUACUUGUCAUGUGAAUAGAGUUCAGUAAUUGGGGAGUUCAUUUUCACUAUUUAGAGAAGGGUAAAAGGUGUAACUAAUACCAUGAAUGUAAAUUUCUAACACAUGCAGGAUUUUUUUUUCCUUCAAUGAAAAUUGGUCACCUGCUGAUUAAAAGUGGCUGUUUGAUGCUGUGGCAAGUGUUUUGGUUUGGAUGUGAUUUGGAGACAUUGCCUGCAUCUGUUUUGAUUUAGGUGAACGUAGUCUAUCAAAUCAUGUAAAUGUCUGUGUACUUAAGCUUUCUUGGGUGUAGAUACAAUUUUUUUGUGCACUUUCUUUCCUGCUGCAGAAGCUCUUUGAAUUCCAUUUUUGAAUCAACGUUGUAGUGGUAUUUGUGUCAUAUUUGGGGACUGUGGUGUUGACUAUUCUGAGAAGGAAAUACUGUAUUGAAAACAUGGUUAAAUGGUCAUCUUUAGAUGACUUGAUUUUGAAUAGAAUGUACUUGUAACAGCUGUGAUAACUCCUUAAAUCGUGUGGCUUUAUAUAAUUAAUUACAGAAGCAAGAUUGGAAAGGUUGGGCAGAAAAACAGAACAUAAGUUUUUAUGUGUUUUCAUUUCAUUUGCAUGACCUGUGCUGUUGCAAACACAUUUGUGAUGGUAAAAAAAAUACACAUUUUCAGGUUCAGGGGAAUUAAACAGGCUUUUGUCUUUGUACAGUAUUUUGUUAAUCAGUUGUCUCCUAUAGUGUAUGAUUUGUCUGUAUCUGACUGUGUAAACUUGGCUGCAAAAGAGAGAUGGCUUCUGCCUCAGACUACAUGGAACUGUUCACUCCCCAAACCUCCAGUGCCUUAACAUUGUUUCAUUUCAUUUGAACAGAACAAAAUAGAGCACACCAGGCUGGUUCAUUUGUUCUCUAAAGCAUGGAUGUGAUACUAGAUUCUAUCCAAUGCAAAUCUCAGUUUAUAGUAACUACAGUUGACUGGAGUGAAGCUUACCAUGUACUCUUGCAUGCUCGUCUGUCCAUUAUGUGUAAAUGAGUCUGUUAUGUUAACUUGCCAAUGCAAUCAGUCUUAUAUUAAAUUUUUUGCUUAUAACUGUCUCAAUCAAACUAGAUAUUGCAAUUUUCAGUCAAGUAGACACUGGUUUUAACAAAUACAUACUUAAUCACUGAGCAUAUUGUAUGAAAAUAAAGAUUUAUUUUUUAACA